AACAGCAUUUCGGGUGCAGGAACGACGGGAGUUGUUUACUUAGUUCUACGAUACACGGAAGCGGUCCAGACGGUAUCGGCAGAAUACCCAAUUCUCUCAUAGAAAAGUUGAGGACCAGAACCUCAUCGACACCCUGCCCACCAUGGCCGAUGUUGUGAAGGAGACUGUAGAGGGCGUGAAGAACCUCGCCAUUGGAAAGGAUUCGAAGGAGAAGAAAGAGCAGAAACCGAAGAAGGAGAAGAAAAAGAAAGACGAAGGCGGAGAUGGUCGCCCUCUUGAACUCAGUCCACCCCCGGCAUAUAUUGACCACCGCAUUCAAAUCUUCGAGAAAUUAAAGGCGAAGUAUGACGACGAGAUUGCUCAGAAACCGCGCGAGGACAUCACCAUCACUCUCCCAGAUGGCAAGACGUUCCCAGGAAAAUCUUGGGAGACGAGCCCCGCGGACGUUGCUAGGUCAAUCAGCAAGAGCUUGUUCGAGCGCACUGUCAUCGCCCGUCUAGACAAGGGAACGGAGAGAGAGACCCUGUGGGAUCUUGAGCGUCCGUUGGAGAGGAGCGUUCAGCUCGAAUUCCUCGAUUUCGAAGACCCGGAAGGAAAGAAAGUGUUCUGGCACUCGAGUGCGCAUAUUCUCGGAGAAGCUGCUGAGAGGAGGUUCGGCUGCGAUCUGUGCAUCGGCCCUCCCAUCGAAGAUGGAUUCUACUACGAGAUGGCUCUUCCAGAAAAGGCUGCCGUAGAAAGUACCGACUACAAGCCCCUUGAAACCAUUGUCAGCAGCAUUGUCAAGGAGAAGCAGGUCUUCCAACGGUUAGAGCUUUCCAAAGACGACUUGCUCGAGAUGUUCAAAUCCAACCCCUACAAGCAGCAUAUUAUCAAAGACAAGAUCCCUGAUGGAACUUUCACUACCGUCUAUCGCAAUGGCCCUCUCAUUGAUUUGUGCAGGGGUCCGCACGUUCCUCACACCGGCAGAAUAAAGCAAUUCAAAGUCAUGAAGAACUCUGCCUCUUACUUCCUCGGCGACGCGAACAACGACAGUCUCCAGCGGAUCUAUGGUGUCUCGUUCCCGGAUAAAGACUCAAUGCAAGCGCACCUGAAAUAUCUAGAGGAGGCCGCUAAGCGCGACCACCGCAAGAUUGGUAGGGAGCAGGAACUCUUCUUCUUCCACGAGUACAGCCCUGGUUCCUGCUUCUUCUUGCCUCAUGGAAUGAUCAUAUACAACACGCUCAUGGCUUUCCUUCGUGAAGAAUACUGGAAGCGAGGAUAUCAGGAGGUCGGAUCGCCCAAUAUGUAUAACUCGGAACUCUGGAAAAUCUCUGGCCACUGGCAGCAUUAUCACGAGGACAUGUUCACCUUCGAUGUGGAGAAGGAGAAGUGGGCUUUGAAGCCAAUGAACUGCCCUGGCCACUGCUUGAUAUUCCGGCACCGCGAAAGAAGCUACCGCGAGCUACCUAUCCGAAUGGCUGACUUUGGUAUUCUGCACCGAAACGAGGCCUCUGGUGCUCUCACCGGUCUCACUCGUGUGCGACGUUUCCAGCAAGAUGACACGCACAUUUUCUGUACCGAGGACCAGAUCACGGACGAGAUCUCCGGCUUGUUCGACUUCCUCAGAGAAGUAUACGGCAAGUUUGGCUUCACCUUCAAGCUCAAACUCAGCACGCGCCCGGAAGGAUUUCUCGGAAGGCUUGAGACCUGGGACAAGGCAGAGGCUAAACUCACCGAGGCGCUCGACCAGUUCACAGCAGAGGGAGGCGGCAAGUGGGAGCUUAACCCCGGUGAUGGCGCUUUCUACGGCCCGAAGAUUGACAUCACGAUCUCGGACGCAUUGAAGAGGGAGUUCCAGUGUGCCACCAUUCAGCUUGAUUUCCAGCUCCCGAUACGCUUCCGCUUGGAGUACAUGACGUCAGAAAAGCCUAAGGCUGCUGAUGCUGCUGAUGCUGCCGCUGCUGCACAACCGCACGAGGACCCGAGACAUCCAGUGAAGGGGGAGGAAGCAGCUGCCCAUCCUGAGCAUGUCCCUGAACCGCAACCGGGCUAUGCUCGCCCCGUCAUGAUUCACCGUGCAAUCUAUGGUUCUUUCGAACGUUUCAUUGCUAUCCUUACGGAGCAUUUCGCUGGCCGCUGGCCCUUCUGGAUCUCCCCUCGCCAAGUUAUGGUCAUCCCUGUCAUGCCCUCUGCCAACGGCUACGUCAAGGAAGUGCAGAAGGAGCUUCGUGCCAAAGGUCUCCACGCCGAUAUCGACAUCAGCGGAAACACCAUGCAGAAGAAAAUCCGCACUGCGCAACUGCAAUUGUACAACUUCAUUUUGGUUGUUGGUGCUGAGGAGCAGCAGACGAGGACUGUGAACAUCAGGAACCGUGAUGACCAGGCUACACAGCAGAGAGGAGAAGUUGUCCCCCUGGAUGAAGUUAUCGAGAAGCUGAGCAAGUUGAGAGAUGAGCGGAGGUUGGAGAACAAGAUUUAACGGAUUUCGCAUCGCGGAAAGAAGAGAAGGCUGUGUGGGUUUCGACAUCGACGGCUGGUGGAUUUCGACCGUAUGCUCUGCGUCGGCCAACAGAUAGUUAGAGUGAGCGGUGAGUUUUAUGGAGGUCAUGUGCGAUGGACGAUGAACAACAGGCGUCGCACGACGUUCGUGCAUUUUUACGAGCAAAAAUGUCUCUUUAGCGAUAUCCACCUUUGACGGCCUGCAUCGUUUUUGCGGUCUCUUUCCUCGAAUAGAGUGCAUGUCUUGCGACUCGUGUCCAACACCUGUGACAGUGGGGCAAGAGAUCAAGCUGUGCAAAGGCAAUGAAAUGAAU